AUGGUCUUUGGCGUCUACAACCCCUCCGGGCCCCAAAAGCCGCUCGACCAGCUCACCCAAGAGGAGCAGGCCGAGUUGGGUGCUCAGAAGAUGAUCGAGUUCAUGCAACUGUGCCCGGGAAAAACUAUCAUGGCCGGUGGCUCUGGUUUUCUUCUUGGUGGGUUCUUUGGUUUGUUCAUGGCAUCUAUGGCUUACGAUGUGCCAACGGGAACAAAUGCAGUGAGUCAUAUCAGUGAGUUACCGUUUAAGCAGCAGAUGAAGAUUCAGUUCAGCGAUAUGGCAAAGAGAUCGUGGAGCAGUGCUAAGAACUUCGGGUACAUAGGUAUGGUGUAUUCGGGAGUUGAGUGCUCUAUUGAGAGUUUGCGUGCCAAACACGAUAUAUACAAUGGUGUCGCCGCUGGAUGUAUUACUGGAGCUGGCCUCUCGAUCAAAGCUGGCCCACAGGCUGCAUUUAUAGGCUGCGCUGGUUUUGCUGCCUUCUCCACCGCCAUAGACCUCUACCUUAGAUCUGACAGUGCUGCACCUCCGGCCAACGACUACGACGACUGA